AUGUCCAAUCCUCCACUUUACUCCGAUUUUUUGGGAAAUCUUCAAUAUCAGGACGAUGAAACCGAUUUUGGUGCUCACAUCCAACCGUAAGUUUCUUUGCCAUAAAUUGAUUUGUCUCGCGGUUUCAGCCCUGUUCGUAUGCAACAUCGCCACGAAUCUGCUUCUUACAAGUCCAAUGUGGAUAUUGCGCUUGACCAAUACGCCAGCAGCUAUCUUCAGAAGCAGUAUCCGCGCAGGGCCGAGCAGUACGUCGAGCGUCAUCGGCAAAGACUCGUUUACGAGGAACCUCGUGAACGUGUGUACGAAAGAAGACACCACCAUCGUCGUGUCUUCGGAGAAAGAGGGAACAGAAACAGAGAGCCGGUGGAGGUCAGAGUCGUCAGGAGACCUCGUGUGAAGGUCAUCAAGAAGUUCUAUAUUAUCCAGGGUUCUGCUGCUGACUUUGCCAAGAAGAUCAAUCCGAAGUAUCCCAAAGGGUAAGAGAUGGAUGGGUCAUGUAUAAUAUAACAAAGCUGCUGGAUUGUGUCAUGGUUUAGUUUGCUGUCUGAACGGCUUUUACGUAAUUUCCUACCUCCUUGACGGCGCUUUUGACCGGUCUAAUUUUACAUUCACCUAAUUCUAGCAAGACCAACAAUAACAACAGCCACAAGUUCAAGCCCAAGGACAAGAAGCCUAGCCGCUCCCAACUCGAUUCCGAACUUGACCAAUACAUGAAGAAGGUCAAACCGUCCAAGGCCCAGUUGGAUGCCGAGCUGGAGGAAUACAUGAGCUCAUCCAAACAUCCCAGAAUCUAA